AUGACCCAAGCAAAGCUGACAAGCGAGUUGGACAGUUCAGCGAACAAUACAAAGUACAAUCACCACCAUCUCCUUCCUUGCGAGCGCUGCGCCGUCCGGCCUCAGCGGCCCCACCACAGCGGCGCCUACGCUUCACAACCGUUCACUUGCGCGUCACUAGCCGCACUCCUGUUUAGAACGUCGAACGGCACGCGCGUUUACCUGAGAAGAAAUUUUUUUCGUGAAAAGCACAGACACGUGAUGGAGAAGGAGCACCAGCCGGACUCAAUGGCUACGAUAACCAUGAAGCCGGAAUACCCACCAUCCGAAGUGUACAGCGCUUCGGAGCCGCCUCCGGCCUACCGGCAGAGAGUGUCCUCAUCGGUCCAGAUUGCCAGGAUCGCAGCGCUAACUAUCAUAGCCGCUUCCUUCAUCCUUGGCUCUUUCAUCCUGGCCUCGAGCUGGGUUGCCGCCCGCGCGUCAUGCCAUCAAUUGGAGCAGCUAGACGCCAUGCUAGACAAGGAGCUUGCGCUUGAGGGAAGAAGUUACGGGAACGACGGCCUGAUUGCUGAUGAGCCGCUGCCCGUCGCCAACGCGCACGCCCUGCACGCGGACCCACCACUCCACACUUCUGGCGGAUCCAUGCACCCACAACCAGCCCUCGCAUCGGACAGCCAUAUCAAAGAAGAUCCUUUGAACCAUGCCGAGUCUAAGAUCGAUGAGGAUAAGUUACAGAAGAUCGACGACGACAACACCAAGUCCGAUUCAGCGAACUCUGGCAGCGACGAGGCUUCGGAGUCCGAAGGCUCGGACGAAGAGGACGAGCUGGACGCCAUCAGACCGAUGUUCAAGCCCAUCCAGUUCAAUAUCGACAACCUUGUUGCCGCUUCCUUGCCAAACAAUCAGAAAGGCCGCAUGAACUGCGUGGUGGAAAGGCGUCACGAGGAGCCAAUAGAAAGACCAUUCCCCUUCAACAUUCUGGGAGCUUUCGCACCGCGCAGCGCUCAGGCAGAGCGUAUCGCUAUCAUCUGCCACGGAGGUGAUGAGUCCAGACAAAUGCCGCUGAUCCCGGAGCCACAGUCGCAAGUGUUCGCUUUCCCCCUAUCUGGGCCCGUACGUCUGCCCAUCAGACCUCAACCUCAGCCUCAGCCUCAGCAACAACCCCAGUCUCAGCAGCAGCCCGAACCUCGCAUGCCACCCUUCUCGCAGAUGGCGCAACGCCCGGUACCUUUCCCGUUACCUGAUAAACCGCCGUUAACGAAUGCACAUUCCCACCGGAUUUGC